AUGGUUUACCUCGAUCACAACUCCUGCGAUCUCCCGGAUAACGACGGCCGGAAAUUCUCCGGGGAGAUUCCGAGUGAUGUAGACCACCGGUUUGAUAAAUUUAAAGUUUAUCAAAGUGUAGAAAAAGCGGAUGAACUUCGUAAACAAGUCGAGGUAUUCUGUCUUGAAGUGGAUCGGGAGAUCUCUGAACUUGAGUCUUACAGCAAACGUGCCAAGAUCAAUUUUUUAGAAGCAACCAAGAUAGCUCGUAGCAUCAAAGCAAGAAGUAUUUGGAUGGGUGCUCAGAAUGUGAAGAAGGCCGCUUUUUUUGUCAUUGAUGCUUGUCUGGGUUUUCAUGAGGAAAGUUACUCAUCAGCCGUAUAUGGUCUGAGGAAUGAUUUCAAUGGUACGAAAGUGAAGUUUGAAACCUACUUGAAGAUGGUGUUUGAAUUGAUCGAGAAAGAGAAUCAACAGAAAGAACAAAAACAAGAAAAAUUGCAGAAGCCCAACCAAGCGCUCUAAUGAAGCUCCAUGCGUAUGUUUGUUACCUUUCAGUUUUCAUGUCUAUGGUCUCCUAUGUUUGGCAUCGACUCAAACUUUCUUUCGUGGAUGUUGAAACUUAAAAUGAACCGGUUUGCCGGACUUUGGUUUAGUUUUGUUUGGUAUGUAGGACGGAAUGGGACGUAGACAGAAGAAAAAUUGUUG